AUGUCUCCCCCUUCGGCCAGCUCCCCCUCUUCACAGGUGGAUCGGUCCGCGGCCAUCCCUCUCUUGGUAGCAGGUAUGCUAGUCACAGGCAUCUGCAACUCCCUCUUCACCAAGUACCAAGACCAGCAAUGUGUCGCCAAUUGCUCCGACCCUGACCCAAGCAAGCAUACAGAGUUCAGCCAGCCCGUGCUGCAGACGGCGCAGAUGUUUGUGGGAGAGUGUCUAUGCGUUAUCCCGCCAGUGGUUGCUCUGGCGAGGAGCAGAUGGGGUGCAAGGAGGGGUAAGGGGAGAUAUACGGCGCUGCCUACCAGCAUUCAAGAAGAGGAGUCAGACCCUGUGUCAACGAGCAACGGCGAGGCAGCGACAGCGGCAAGUCUCUGGUCCCCGCACGCCGUCUACUUCGCACUCCCGGCCAUCUGCGACCUCACUGGAACCACACUCAUGAACGUCGGCCUGAUCCUCACACCCGUCUCCAUCUAUCAAAUGACUCGAGGUGCACUCGUCCUGUGGGUCGGCGUCUUCUCUGUCCUUUUCCUCCGCAGGCACUUGCACGUCUACCAGUGGGCCGCGCUCUGUACCGUCAUGCUGGGUGUGAGCGUCGUAGGACUCAGUGGGACGAUUCUCCGCGACGAGCCGAGGGAGAAGGCAGAAGGCGUGGCAACGGAUCAGGAGCCAGAGGUACCCCCGGCAUUGGCUGCCUUCCUGGGCGUGCUUCUCAUCCUCUUUGCGCAGCUGUUUUCGGCUUCUCAAUUUGUUCUCGAAGAGAAGAUCAUGACACGCUACAACGUCGACCCCCUCCUUGCCGUCUCGUACGAAGGUCUCUUCGGCCUCACCACAGUCCUCCUCGCCAUGCCCCUCCUCCACUACUUCUACGGCGCUACCCCCUCCGGACGCGGCGGAUACUUUGACAUCGUCACGGGCUGGCGCCAAAUGACAGGCAACAGCGCCGUACUCUGGAGCAGUGUCGCCAUCUCACUGAGCAUCGCCCUCUUCAACGGGUGUGGCUUAGCGGUCACACGAGCCUUGAGUGCUACAGCGAGGAGCACGAUUGAUACGUGCAGGACGUUGGGCAUCUGGAUCGGGAGCCUGCUCCUCGGCUGGGAGGUCCUGACUUGGAGGAGCGGACCUGCUCAAGCGACCGGAUUCGCCCUUCUCGUGUAUGGCACGCUCGUCUUCAACGGGAUUGUCAGGCCGCCGACCUUUCUCAGGCCAAGGGAAGGAGGCGAGCCCUUGGGAGUGGGAACAGAGGGGCCGGCAGCUGCUGGUGCGGAGCUGCCUGGGUCUACGCCGCCCGUGGCUAUCAGCGAUGCUACGGCGGCCCGAGAGGCAGCAUCGACUGGAGUCUUGGUCGAUGCGGGGGACGCAGAUAGGACGGCCAGCGGGCGUGGAACGAGAGGCUGA